GUAAGUCAAGCGCCUCCCCUAAACCAUCGGCAACACGAACAGCAUCAAACCAAUUUCCUAAUACACUAAUUUCUAAAGACAGUUUUUCUCUCCGUCACUAUUGUUCGUUUUGUCGUCAAAACACUUCAAGCGCUGUCCGUCAUUCCGCUCUCUACUCUGUCUUCUCUCUCCUUCCUAUUCGCGCAGACGAGCACGCACAUGUCGCGCAACACCGGAUACGUGGAGGGGCAGGACGAGGAACGGGCGUACUGCCGCCGGCCUAGCCCUGGCUCUCAGGGAUCGCCGAUUAAUCCCAUUUCUCCGAAGGACGUCAUGGCCACGAAGGUGGAUAGGGAGAUGGAGGGCACGUUUGAGCAGGUCGACGAGCUCGGGCCGGAGUCCAAACGUGAAUCGGGGCGCGCUAUGUCACCGCCGCCGCCGCCGACCGAGAACUGCAUAUUCAGGCUAACACGGCGCAUCAUGCCACCUGGUGGCCUUGCGAGUGGUGUCUUCAACCUGGCCAGUGGUAGCAUGGGGGCGGGUAUUCUCGGCUUGCCCGCCGCCUUUCAAUCAUCCGGCGUGAUCACAGGCACCAUCUUACUCAUCAUCGUCUUUUUCAUGACGGUGUACACGAUGCGGCUGCUGGCCCUCGUAUACGAGAAGACGGGCAUCCGCGGCUACGAGCUGACCGCGCGUUACCUCUUCGGUCGCGGUGGUGACAUUUUCACUGCCGUGAUUAUGUUCCUCAAGUGUAUCGGUGCCUGUAUUGCGUACGUCACCAGUGUCGGUGAUCUAUGGCAUGCCUUUCUGAACGACGACCGCGUACCGGAGCGGUACCAGAGCGAUAGCUUUCAGCGCGUGCUGACCUCCGUUACCUUUGUGGUGCUGAUGCUGCCCCUCUCAUUGCCGCGCCAGAUCAACACUCUCCGCUACUUCUCCCUCUUCGGUGUGACUUUUAUUCUGUUUUUCGUGGUUUGCCUCACUGUACAUUCCGCCACGCACGGCUUGAAGAAUGGCAAUUUGUCGAAGGUGAAGCUCUUCAACACGGGCAACGCGGCCAUGGGAGGUCUGGGUCAGUUCGUCUUCGCCUUUUUGUGCCAGUCGAACGCUUACCAGGUGUUCAACGAGACCACAAAGCCGUCGGUGAGGUUUUUUGAGCUGCAGUGUUUCAUCAGCAUGCUGAUCUGCACCGUUUUUUACUGGCUGACCGCAUUCUUCGCCUACGCCGACUUUGGCGACCGUGCCGGUACGCCGUUGCUCCGCCUGUACCGUCCCCUGACGGAUUACUACCUCGCUGUCGCCUACGUUGGGAUUGCCUUCAAGUUGUGUGUCGCCUUCGCCCUCCACAUCCUGCCCUGCCGCGAUGCCGUGCACCACCUCGUCGGCUGGGAUAUUCGCACCGUCGCCUGGUGGAAGAAUGCGCUGCUGUGCACCUUCCUCAGCUUGGUAUCGCUGCUGUGCGGUUUGUUUAUCCCGAACGUGAACAUCGCUUCGGUCUGCUCGGCUCCUUCACUGGGUCCUUCAUCGCCUUCGUCUUUCCGUCGCUCUUCUUCAUCUACAGCGGUGGCUUCACCCUGCAGAAGGCCGGCGCCUUCGACUUCUUCGGUGCCCUAUUUGUGCUAG